GCAACACUAGACUCUCCGUUGGACCUGGGCGUUUAUCUCUUCUCUUAACGAAACACUCAUCUUCGACUUUGUUCGAUGUCCUUGCCGUCCCUCUUUAGAGCACCAAACCUGGUUCAUAAUGAGCAGUGAUUCCUGUAACCCACCCCCGCCUUCAUACGAGCUCUCCCAGCAGGGCCAUGACCGGAAGAUUGUUGAAAAGAAACUCCAAGAACUGCUCUUAUCAAAGAUCCCUAUUCAUAAUGUCGAGGAAGAGCGCGACGAGGACGAUAGUAAAGAUUCUAAAGAAUCAGAGGAGCAGAAGCAGAAACAGCCUUUAAGUUUGUUCCAGACCCCAGUACAACCGCUUCACAUACAAAAGCGUACACCUCGGGGAGCUCGCCCCCUUCCUCCAAGCCCAGCAGACGCCCAAUAUUCCCGCAGCAAGCCAGUUGCCAUCCACCCAAUUAGUCCUCUCAAAGAGGAACCAGAGUACUAUCAAGAGCUUCUCUCGCCUCCUCCACCUUUCACAGCUGUAGGUCCUUCCCUUGAAGGACCUCCGUACGAUUGCUCGAUGUAUCAUGCCAGUGGCUCUGCAUCACAACCACCACCCAACCGUACUUCCUUUAAUCCACCCCCAAUCCGUCGUGGACAGCACCGUCCCUCUUCAUCAUAUUCCCCCGCUGAACCACCCGUAGAGACUUCUUAUCGACGCAUUUCUCAUGGCUAUUAUCCCGAGCCCUCUAGCUCGAAGCAUUUAACGCCAACGCCCCCAGGAAAAAGCUCAAAUGCCCGACUAAAUUUUAACCCAUCAGUUGCCUAUGCAACCUCAUCUAGCUCCAUGUAUGAUCCUUGGGAGCACGCAUCUGACUCGACAGCAGUUAAUGCUGCUUCACUCUACUCGUCAGCGGUAUCAUCCUAUUUACAUCCAGCGUCAGCUGUCAAUUCAGGUCCGCGCCCGUCCUACAUUGGGGCCAAGAACAGAUUUUCAACGCCUCCUCGACCUUCUGCAUCUUACGAAUCACUUACGCCUGCAAGCAACCCAGGAUCUCCUGCUUUGCAAUUCCACUCACCUUACGUACAUCCUUAUUCGGCUUCUCAACAGUCACUCCCUCGGCAUGCUCAAUCUAAGUCAAACCAAACGGGUCAUGUUCGAUGGGCCUCAGAAGUCAAUCUUAAAGACAAAUACCCGUGAUCUACUACCGUAUCAUCUUGUUGCUAUUCACUCAACUGUACUACGAGGUCUCAGGCGUCCUACUCUUAUUACCCCCAAUUAUGAUAUCUUACUUCGUGUACAUGCGUUCUCCAGAUGUAGCCCAAAUAGUAUGGAGUCCCUUGACUUAUCACUAGUAUUAUACUAGUACCUACAUAUGAAAUCACAACUCAAAAGUUACCAUCAGAACCUAGAA